UUGCUACGCUAUUUUGUGUGGACGUUCUCCAGGGUGAUGAAGAAGAUGUAGUUAGUCGGCCUGAAAAUACAAAACGUUUGCAAUCAAUUUUUGUAAAAAACGAAAAUUGUGUGAACGGGGACAUUCAACAUGGCCGGUAUAAGGAGAGUUAACGGGAAAUUAUCGGGAAUUAACCCGGCUGUCAGUUGCAGUCGCCUGCGUCAGGUUCAGUCUCUGCUGCGUGACGGCGGCCCCGCGGCUCCCGAAGGCGUCCUCUGCUCCCUGGGGAUUGACAGCAGAUAUAAUGAGGGGUGCAGUGAGCUGGCCAAGUACCUGUUCUACGGGCUGUAUGGGAGAAACCAGCUGAGCCUUGAACAUGCCGUCGAGGAGUUUCCUGAUGAAAUGCUGGACGAUGUAAUCCUGCUGAUCCAGGCACAAUGUGUUCAUCUGUACUGCAACCCGCUGAACUACAGUUACCUGUUGCCCUACGUGUCCCACUGGAGGAACCUGCAUCUCUACUGCAUGACGGAGGCGGAGUAUGAAGACGAGGAAGCAGCAGAAGAAUUCAAGAUCUCCAGUUUCGUCACAAUGGUGCAGGACUGUUCUCGCAUCGGAGUCCCUUACAGCUCCCAAGGACACGUCCAACGGUUCGACAUGUUCAUGGUGGAAAAGUGGCCCCUGAUUCAAGCCUUUGCCCUGGAAGGCAUCGGUGGAGGGAGCUUCUUUACCAUGAAGUACAAGCUGAUGGACAUGAGCGAUAUGCUGUGGCAAGUUUACAACAGACUGGACCCAGUGUCCCUGGAGAAUCUCCUCACUGAGGACUUGGUGAACUUUGAGAAGCAGUGGAGUGGCUUUUUCUCCAGCAUGGACCUGGAGAGCCACCUGUCCAUCCUGGAGCUCUCCGAAGCACAGGCAGGAGAGGCAUUCCGUACUUAUUACUCUCACGGACUGAUCUCAAGUAACAUCACGGAUAAAAGUAAAAGUCAGCAGCCCUUUGUGCUGUUUGGAAAGCACUCCUCCUCAGAGGAUUUGGAGGCGUAUUCGUUCAACUUUCCCUCCGAGAGUCAUCAGGUCCGAAACACCGGACUCGAGGGUUCUGCAGCCAGACACAUGAUUCUGCAGUGCGUGGCUCCCAAAGGACCUCUGGCCUGCUCGCGAACCUAUUUCUUUGGGACCACCCACUCGCCAUACCUCGGAAAUCCAAACACAGCGCAGAAGAACACCGACGUAUUACUUCUGUCACAGGUGUAUUCGGCUGCUGUUCAAGCCGUCCUGUCGGGAAUCAAAUGCUACUCGUUUACCUCGAGUGCAACCAAGGCCAAGGACGUAGCAGAGAACACCUUUCUGGUGCUGCUGGACUCGAUGAAUCUAAGUCGGUACCGCAGUUCUCUCAGGUCCAAAUGUGAAUUCAACAUUCAAGCAGUAAAUAUGCAAGGAAGGAUCAUUCCUCUGACUGAUGGAGAUAGCCGUUAUGCAGUAAAAACAGCCUCAAUGACGGUCCGUGACAUCCCAGACCUGCAGGGGGGCCGGGGCAACCUGGGCUCGGUGGUCUUCUCUGAAUCCUUCUUGGAGUCCGGCAUCAACAUCCAACAGAAAGAUGGCGCCGUGUCCUCAGACAGCUGCUACAGCAUCCUGACCACGACUGUGCCGCGAUACGCCUGCUGGCUGAUGGAAUCUGACUUCAAGCAGUCUGAGCAAGCCCAACAUCUUGCUAAGCAGAAAGAGGAAGGCACGUGUUUGGGAAGUUCUCUGACUGCAGCGGACGCUGCGUACGUGAUCUCCAGCAGCCAGCUCUCCGCUCCAGAAGAAGGAAAGAUUAUUUUCCUCUCUGGGGGCCUCCUGUUCAUCCAUCCUCAACAUGGAAGCAUCACACUGUCCAAAGAUCACAUCAGCUCCAUCAAGUUCUAUGACCCGGACUCCGGCGCCGUGGCAUCCCUGCUGGUGGAGUACGACAGCGGCCUGCUCCCCCACCUUCCGUUCCCCCUGCACAGCGCUGACCGCUGCCUGCUAUUUGCUCUGCAGCCCCGAUCCAAGAGCCACAGGGCCUUUUACUCCAAGGUUUUGUCAGUGUGGAAAAAAUCUGAUUCUGGACUUAAUCUGCAAAUGGUGGACCAAAAGCACCUGAGCUGGAACCAGAAGAACAUGCACAAUCGAGUGCAGAAGCUGCACGACAGCCAGGAGCCGCCAGUGGCCAAACGCCGGGGCAGCCUGAAGACUUCCUACUGCCAGCUGCCGGAGCAGGACAUGUUUCUUCAGCACUUCGCCCUGAGUAGCAUCGGUCAGGAGCCCAUUCUGUAUGACCACCUCGGGGUUCUGUUCACCUCUGCAGAGCUGAGGGAACCAGUCAGCAGCCACGGGGACAAGGUUGUCAUAACCAUCAUCACCGGAUUACCGGGAAGCCACAAGAAAAGACUCUGUGACUUCCUGGUCCAGUUGAACAAGGAACAUGGAAGGUGGCUGGUGUACCGGCCGGGUCCCGACCGCUGCGGCGGCUUCUCGGCCUCGGACCUGCAGCAGUACAUGUCGGGCCUCCUGCAGAGCCUGAGAGGCCCCGGAGGCAAACCCCGCCUGCUGGUGGUGUCCCCUGGAUAUACGGACGUUCUGGAGGUGGUCCAGGCGGUGCUUUUCCACCCGGACCCAGUUGUCCAAGCGUGUUUCACCAUCGGCGCCGUCACAGCUUGUGUGGACCCCCUGGCCUCCUGCGUGGAGCACAGGUUUGCGUUCCCUAAACUGUUGGAGCAGUGCAGCCAAGGUGUUGUGAGCGCCGUGGUGUUCACGGGGGGCUCAGCGGAGCAGAAGCAUCCUCUCGUGCAGCACGUCCAGCAGCUGGUGCGCUCCGCCAACCCCACCGCCGCCUUCAUACUGGCCGAGAGAGGAGCUGUCACCAGGAACGAAGACGUGAAUCUGAUCUUUUCUGAGAGCAGCUUCAGUGAGCCACAGAUGCUGAGAGCCCGUUACGUCCUCUACCCCGGAUGGUGCAGACGGCGCUUCUCCUGCGGCUGCGGGUGUCUGGUCCUCUCCCAGCAGCGCGUGGCCUUCAGCCGGCCCCUGGAGAGGCUUCUGUUUGUCCGCCGCUGUAAAGCACUCAAGUCGUCCCUAAAGCCGAACCCCCACCGAGGAAACGUCUACAACGUUUGGGGAAAACUCCAAUUUUCUGACUCCGAGCAGCUGAUGGAGGUGAGCUACAACACGCCGAGCGGGAGCCUCAGCGUGGCCCCGGACCGCGGCGCCGACGACCCCCCGGCCCCGGGCGCGGCCUGCUUCCUGGUCUUCGACGGCGUGGGCCUCGCAGAGGACGGCCUGAAGGACUGGCUCAGGCUGUGCGCCAAGCAGAAGCAGAAAAAGAAACCCAAGAGGACUAAAAACUCCCUUUCACCACAAGAAAUCAAGAGCAUCCAUGUAAGUGUGUUUAUUUCCAUAACUAUGAAUAGUCCGUUAAUAAUGGCCAGUGGUGGAAUCAUGUGUGGACAGAAUGACAUUAAAGCCACGCGGUGGAACAUUGUCCACUAGCAGCAAUGCUUUUAUAAGCUCAGGCCAGCUUUGCUAUAAGUAUAUUGAAUUACCAGAAUGCACACGCAUCCCCCCCCCCCCCCCGCUGCUUUAUUUUAAGGCUCCCCCAAGUGGAUCCAAUCAAAGUGCAAUAAAGCAAAAAGCGCUGGUGUUGAGAACACGUUGGAUCACUGAAGAAGUAACGCCGUGCGCCUCUCAGACACACACAGCUGUGCAUCAUUCUGCUCAUUCGUCGGCGACGUCUCGUCAUUCGUAUCUUUCGGGAGGACAAAGGGGAGCAGAACAUGUGGGGAUGUUCUGGUAAACAUGAGUCGAGCCUUUGUGACGUUGUGGAGGAUCCGGUUGAAAGGAGUAGUUGCUCCUUGGGUUGCUGUGCGUUCGUCCUUUGCAUGUCUUCCUCUUACCAGGGUUCCUACGCGUGUUUGGAAAUCGACAACCGCAGCUCAUUUCUGGGGGGGAAACCUGCCACACGUCAGCUGCACAUUUUGCUGGCAUGAGACCCGCUGUGUGAUGUCUGAGCAGGCGUUUCAAAGUAAAAGCGCGGUAAAAAAGGGUGCAGGAGCCCUGUUACAACUUUGAGUGUCUAUUGAUUAAGGGGUCAGCAGCGUAACCAACUAACAAGCCGCUACUUUUGUCUCCAGUGAAUCGACGCUAACAAAGGAACAUUUCCGCGCACGUGGUGCUGCCACCACGACGGCUCGACAGAAAAAAACCCGGUCCUGCGUUCACUGCGACUCAAAGGAAGAACGUCUGAUUCGUCGGCUCCCUCUUCGGUUCCUAUCCGGGACAUUAUGAGACCAGUGGGCCCUCGCGUCGUCUUUUACAUGUCUGCCUGUCGACAGCCGGUCAGAAGAAUCAAUCAUUUAGCUUUCAGGCGGCAGGCAGAACAAAAGAGUCUCCAACUGAAAACACACUGCUGUCCCCGUCCGUCCUCAGGCAGAGUAUCGCGCUGCGUAGGACAGCACGUAGCGGUGAGCUCACUCAAUUGUACCCUGUCUUUUUAUAUAUAUAUAUAUAUAUGCAUAUAUAUUGUACUUACAGUCCCCUCCUGAAGCUCUUUGAGGACAAAGCCGCCGGCCCCUCGCAGCUCGCAUCCCGAGGACCUUAAAAGGCUUUGAACCAGUCCGGGUUCGUUUGUUGCAGAACGAGAUUGCCGCGCUUCCAAAGGGCAACGUGAUGCAGCAGACGGAUUACGUUGGGUUUGUUUGUUUUUUUUCAAAGUGGAGCACAUUAAUCCCGUGUUGACAAAAGGCCAACCGGUGUUCUUAAGCCGGGUGCCCUGUUCAACGCCGCAGCAAAGCUCUCCGUGGUUACGCAACGCUGCGGGGAGGUCCCUUGAUUGACAGCGAGAGACAGAGAGCUCCCCGUCUCCGGGACCUGCUGUCCCCCGUCAAAGAGCAACUGUCCUUAAAGAGCGGAGGGUUAUGUAAGAUGCGUGUGGUGUUUAAAUGAAUCGCAUAAGACACGAACGUCGACACUUUGCGUGUGUGGAGACGUCCCGUGGAUGUGACAAAGUGGCCUUUCACCAAACGGUACCAACACAGACAAAACAAUCACAUUUAUUUUACAUAUCUGCUGAGAAAUUUGAAUUACCUCGGACACGACAAAUAGUAUUUUUGUAACGACUGUGAAUUGAGAAUUCUAGAUGCAAACUAAACAUCUCGUUUCGCAAAAGCAAAGCAGAUGCAAAAAAAAAAAACCAAGAAGCUGAAAGGAGGCGUCGGUUCCUCCGGUCCAGCGGUGCCUUGCUGCGGCCGAGGGAAGCCCAGAUUAAAGCUCCUUCAGCAGUGUUGGUGAAAGGAACCCACGGAGUCCGAGGGCGGAGCGGGCGGCGUCACGGCGGGCGGAGGCCGCCGGAGGGCUCGGCCUUCAGGUGAAGUCCUGCAAACUGACCAAAAAAAAGAGGCGGGACGUCCACAGCUCGUAUUUCUUCAUAUUUAACAUCGAGCUGCUUUUGUCUUGAAUGACGAUCCCGUCUUUUGGGACAAGACGAGGAGAAGUUUGGGUUUGCUGGGUGACCCCCUACUUCUAUUGCACAUGUGGGGGGGCCCGAAGAGCCCUCCACAAGCCUCCGGGUGUGCCCGCCCUGCAGCUCUGUGCCUUCAUCCCGCGUGUGGGGGCCAGCGAGUUAUAGGACAAAAACAAAGUUUGGUGUUAUUGCUUUUAUACAAAGGGGGCCGACCGUGUGCACUUGUUGAAGAAUUGGAUAUUUAUCUUUAUGCUUAUUGGAAGUUUUUAACCGUCCAAAACAUUCCAUAUCCGGGCCCCCCCCCCCGGUCGCACACAGAGGAAUGUGCUCAGGUGUUCUUAUUAUUCGCUCACCUGAGGUUUACAUUUGCCCCAAUCCAAGCCGAGGGGGGGGAGGGGGGGGAGUCGAAAAAUAAUGAUUCACGCCGUGAUGACGUCACAGGGAUCAUUUUUAGGCCGUAGAAGAAGAAGAAAAGAACUAAAAGGGGCCAAACUCCCUCGUGUGGUUUGGACGUCCGCGGACGAACUGCACUGAACUGCGUUUGCACAAAAAUCUACUGAAACUUGUGUUUUUCUUCUGUGACGGAUGCUUUUAUAACCUAACUGUUGUUUUUACUGCACCACGCGUCCCAUUAAAUAUUUACAUGGGUGA